CGGGGAGCGCUCGGAACGGUGGGUUUCACAAUCCUAUCGUGUGCCUCGUAGAUAAAGAAGAAACUCACCUGAGGCUGCAAUGGAGGAAGGCACUCUGGAUAAUCCCGAAAAUAGACGCACAAAUACCCCUCCACCCUUUUCUUCCUCCGAACUCGAGGGCGUCGCAAGAUACUUGGACACUGACCCAGACUUUUGGGUAUUUCGGCGCUUUAGAAAGCUUCACCUUGUCAAUGUGCUCCGCAUGCAGCUGGACCUAGUGAGGCUCGAACACAAGCUCGAUACGCAACUAUCAGCGGGGGAAGGGAAUGAGGAGGAGAAUGAUUCUCACACCCUGUUGUCGGAUAUUCAGAGUUCGUUGUCUGAAUACGAUGCCGCAUUGUCAUCCCUCGCCCGAUUCAAGUCUUAUCGAGAGCCUGACCGUAAUAUUGUCAGCGAGUUGACAGAAUGGGGAACUACAUGCCUUGAAAAUGGCCAUCCGCUAUUGCACGGACUCGAGAUACCUUAUCCAGGGAACACGUGCCUUAAAGACCUUGCGUCGAUAGCAGCGGUUGAGAAAUCAUGGACCCACCGGUUUAUAGAUAAGCAUCAUUGCUUGCGUAGGAUCUUCGAGAUCCCUGAAGAUCAGAUGCCCCCAGAACAGCGACCUUCGUCGAAAACCCGGACAAUACUGCUCUACUCAGAAGAAAGUGUUCAACGUGCCGAGGCUGUUUUUCUCCACUUAAGCUUCUGUAUUUUAUUGAUUUGCCCCAUCAUAGGGCUCUCGUACAUGCAAAGUAAGAUGUGGAAGCUGGUACUUUUAGGAAUCUUUUUGUUCGUAGCAUCACUGCUUUUUGUGGGCCUUGUAAACAUGCCAAAUAAAAGCGGUCUCGCUUUAGUGGCAGGGUAUGCUGCAAUAUUGGUUGUGUUUCUAUCUGGUAAUGGUGGCCCCUGAUACGUGUAUCCUGGAGGACGUAGCAAGCAGAUAGUGCGUUGUUAAUUUUAUACUGAGAGGUUCCUAGUAUGAAUGCAUUCUCAAGCAAAUGAAAAAUUCAAAAGUAU